GCUCCGCUCGGGCCCCAAGCUGGGAAGCGCACCGGGUCCAGCCCCGGGUUGACUCCCCGCGACCCCCAGGAUGCCAGAGGCCAAGACCUCCCGCCAGGACCCCCUGCGAUGGACGAAGAAGCCGGUGCGCCGCUCUGUCAGCCAGAUCUGCCCGCCCCCGCGGCGGCCCCUGACCGUGGCCGACAUCCGGCCGGGCAUGGAGAACGAGAGGCUGGGGGUCGUGCGGGAUUCCAUGUUUCAGAACCCGCUCAUCGUCAAGGCUGAGCUCGGGAAGCCCCGGGAGCAGAGCUGCAGCCUCCCCGGCAUCGACUUCAACUACGGGCUCUACGUCCGCGGGCUGGACGGCGGGGUCCCCGAAGCCAUCGGACACUGGAACGUGUUUAAGCCGCAGCCCACCCGCCACCAGGAGCUGAGCCGGGAUUACAUCGCCACGAAUCGAGGGGCGGUGAAGGCGGGCCUGGUGACCGCCCGGGAGACGCUCCUGUACAAGCAGCUCAAUGACUUCCGCGUCAGCAGCAAGGACAACCGGCGCUACAGGAAGGAGCCCACCAUCGUCCCUCCAAACAUGACCUUUGGGGUCCAGUCCCGGCCUUCCACGCCCCUGUUCGACCUGCUGCAGCACCGGUACCAGAAGCUGUGGGUGCAGGAGCAGAAGGCCACCCAGAAAGCCAUCAAACUGGAGAAGAAGCAGAAGGUGAGCCUCGGGAAGCUUUACGAGACCCGGAGCAGCCAGCUGCGGAAGCACAAGCCGCCCGUGCAGCUGGACGCCCUCUGGCACGCGCCUCACUUCCAGAAGGUGGGCCCGCACCUCGACACCUUCCCCAGCGAGGCCGACCGCCGGAGAGCGUUCAAAGCCCAGCGGGAAGAGCAUGCCGUGCGCCAGGGAACCCUGCGGCUGGGCAACUACACCCACCCCUGAAGCCGCCUCCACACGCGGAACAUUCCGGAAGGCCCCCCGUCCUGCCCCCCCCUCCUGUUUUUACGUGGGUUCUGCUGCUGCAAGGACCUCAGGGUCAGGUCUUAGGUUAGUUAUUUUUGCUACGAGCCCCCCUCUUCAGUUAGGCAACACUAGCUCACCUUCGCCCCGCGCCCCUCAACCUGGGGACUCCCCGUCCUCUGGCAGCCGCCCGCCCUCCCU